UUAACUGAAUGUACUCGAGGUCAAAGAGAUCGUAAAAUACGAUAUUAUAAUUAUAAUAAUGACUUCGUUCGUGAUGCUGAAUCUUCACGGAUUGACUGUAUUUAUAUGGAUCGUAUCUAUUCUAACCUUAUCCAUCAGUGAUGAAGUUCAAAUAGAUGGUACAACGCCUCCAACGCAUACAUCCAAUAGAAGCCUUAUCAAUACACCAUCUGAAAAUAAUCAUCCGGAUUUAUUUACCGUAAUUAAACCCACCCUUGAAUCCAUUAACGCUGCACAAAUAUUCAAAAGAAAUAAUGUCACCCCUUCAUUUGUCGGUGAAGGUGGCCCAAUUUCAUUUUCUUCUACUACUCAACGUACAUCUUCUACUACUUUACAUUUAGCAAGCAUUUCUGGGAAUCUAAAUAUGAAAGAUACUUCAGCAGAAGACAAGGAACAUGCUCUAAGAGUAACAAAAAGAAAUAAUACAUUAUCUAAAAUAGUGCCAAGGAAGGGAGCAACAGAAGUAUUAAACACAGAGCAGAAAAAAACUUUCAUUGAAAAAUCAUUAGAGGAUAACAAACAGUCAAUAGUUGAAUCUUCUACAACAGCAAGUGUUACUAAUAGUGAGUACACAAAUGAUAAGUUGAGUAAUUCCGAAUUACAUAUUUCUGAUGAAGAGAAAGUUGUUUUAAAUACUACUUUGAACAACAAAUUGCAUCAAAAUAUGAAUAUAACAUUGCAACAAAAUAUGAAUACAACGUUGCAACAAAAUAUAACAGCCAAUACUACUAUGACAACAGCUUUACAUAAAGAACAUAAAGCAAAGCCAACUGUAACAGUAGCAGGACCUAAUAAUGAUAAACGACCAUUUGUUUCACCUACGAGAUCGCGUUUAGGAAUGCCAAAAAAAAUCGAUUAUGUUUUACCAGUUAUUGUCACUCUCAUAGCUUUGCCAGUAUUAUGUGCUGUUAUUUUCAUAGUGUAUAAGCAAUGUAGAGAUUGUUGGGAUAAGAGACAUUAUCGCAGAAUGGACUUUCUUAUUGAUGGAAUGUACAAUGAUUGAUGCUUACAAAUGUAAUACCAUUCAGGAAUUUAGAUAAGAAUACUUUCACCUGUGCAAUAUAUUAUAUAUAAGGGAUGGUUGGUACAAAUUGCAUUAUAUUCAUAGGGUCGUA